AUGACGAAUGCCUAUCAAGUGCAAUGUCGUGGAUUACCAUGGGAAGCAACGGAUCAAGAGCUGAAGGAUUUCUUUGAAAGUGAGUGAUCUCUUCAAAGACACAUUUUAAAAGCGUUGUUUAGACAACGGAAUUGUGAGCGUUGAUAUUCCGAGAAGAAACGGACGUGCGCAAGGAGAUGCGACCGUCUGUUUCGAUAGUGAGGAGGCUUAUAACAGUGCGUUGGCGAAAGAUCGCGAGCACUUGGGAAGCAGGUGAGUGCUGGCAAUAUGGUUUUGGUUUGAAUUUUUGCCUUUUAGAUACAUUGAAGUGUUUUCCAUGGAUUCUGCUCCAAGACGACGUGAUCGGGAAGAUUUCCGACCACGUGGAGGUCCAGGAAGAGACCGAAAUGCGGAUAAAGGUGGAUACGGCGGAGGAGGCGCCCGUACUGGCCCUGAUUCUGUUGUUCGUCUCAGGGGCCUACCUUUCGCAGUCACCGUUCGAGAUAUAACAGACUUCCUGGCUCCUCUUCCUAUUGUUAGAGUGAGUUUUAGUAUUUCCAGGGUCCUAGUUUGCAACUUCGUUUUUAAGGAUGGCGUUCUAUUGCCUGACCAACAACGAGCCCGUCCGAGCGGCGAGGCGUACGUCUGUUUCGAAUCGAUGGAAAGCGUCCAAAUAGCGAAGCAACGGCACAUGAAGAACAUUGGGCAUCGGUACAUUGAAGUGUUCGAGGCCACUUUCCGAGAGCUCAGCCGAUUCGCUGAUGACAACGGACUUCGUGUGCCUCGUUUCGGGCCUCCGCCUUUCGUUACAGGACCAAUCGGAGGUGGCCCACCACGCGGAGGCUAUGAUCCAUACGGAUCUGAUGGAUACCGUGGGGCAAAUGGCGGCGGAUACCGCGGGUCGGAGCCUGAAGAUCCUUAUGGCCGAUCGAGAGGAGGACCGCCCGAUUACGCAGCAAGACCAGCGUACGAUCCUUACCAACAGCAAUCUUACGGAGGUGCAUCUCAACCAGCUUCUGGAGGCUACUAUAGCUCGAAACCGGAGUACGAUAACUACGGGCGGGAAAGAGCACCUGCUUCACGCGAUCCGCGUGAUCCGAGAGGACCUAUCGAUCCGAGAGAUCCGAGAGACUCAAGACUGUCUGAUCCGAGAGGAGACUCGAGGGCUCCGGCUCCUGUCGAUCCGUACACAGGAGAACCGAGGUAAGUGAUACAUAAAGAAACGGGGGGAACUCGGACAGAGGUUGAGGAGGAUCAGCACGCAAUGAAGGUCGGAACUGUUGUGAUGGGAGAAGUCAACAUGUGUAUAAGUUAUGAAAGGUCUACGUUGGUGCGAGCAGUUCUGAUAUAGCCUGCGAGAGCAUUCCACACAGGAAGGUGGCUUGGCUUGAUCUCGGGCAGUGGACGUUGCAUUUGGGUUGUCUUUAUUUGGUGUUUUGUAGUUCAAAUGUAUAAACAAGGGAAUUCAGAUAUUCGGAUUACGGCUAUGAUGCAAGGGAUUCGAGGGACUCGUACUGGCGUGGGUCCGGAGGGGCAUCUGCACCAGGUGGAGGAGCUGGCGCACCGGCCGCUCCGGUUGGACGGGAAGCCUAUUCGGUAGGAGAUUCUUGGGCUAACGGAGGGGCUGGAGGACAGCCACCCGCCGAAAGAGACCGAUACGGAGGAGGUGGUUAUACGAGCGAGCCGUACGGACAAAGAGAAGGUGAGCGGACGGGAAAUGGCAGCGGGAGAAUUCAGAAGGGAACAAUGAAUCACGAAGGGAGAACAGAAGGGAAAUGUAGUUAAGUGAACAAAAAAAUGGAGUUUUGAAUGUAGCUUAAAAGGGAAGAACAAGAAGGAUCAGAACCCUAGAGUUUGUGUUAGCAAUCCGUUUGGCGGGUGGACAGAUUCGGGAUUGGAGGAUGACCCGAGUUCUGAGUUCAUACUGUAAUUAUGCUAUGUCUGAAGAAGGUUACCUGUUAAACUCGGUUGUUGGGGACAGUGUUAGAUUCUGGGGAGAGUGUUGUGAACUGUGUGUAGUAAGGGAUGACCGGGCGGAAGAAUAGUUAUCUUCAUAGUUGUCCCCUGAUUCUUCGCAUUCUCAUCUGCAUGGAUUUUCUGUGUCUUUAAUAUCAAUCUCAUUUUCAGUCGGAGGAGCUAUGCGCCGAUCGGAAUACGGUCGUCCGGAUGACCGCUACAUGAAGCCUGAUCCAUACGGAUACGGCAGAGACCGAGAAUACGGAAGCCGUCCUGCCCCCGCUCCAGCUCCAGCUCCUGCUCCUGCUGGAAACCAGCACUUUGUUCUGCGCAUGCGAGGAAUACCGUUCCGUGCUACUGAAAAUGACGUCUACGACUUUUUCAAUCCGAUUCGCCCAAACCACGUGGAACUACUUCGUGACGCUUAUCAACGUCUGAGCGGAGAUGCGCGUGUUAUAUUCUACAACCGAAAGGACUACGACGACGCGCUGAUGAAGGACAAGCAGUACAUGGGCGAAAGGUACAUUGAAAUGAUACCUGACAAUGGAAGAUACUGA